UUCACGAGUAGUCGACCACUAGUACUAUUUAAGGAAGAUUGCUACAUAGAGUCAUCCUGUUUCGAUGGUUUCCAAUAUGUUGACUCUAAAAUCUGUAUAGUGGGUGCCCCGGUCUAUUUUUCAAACAACCUUGGUUAUCUCUCACCGCGAAUGCUAAAUCUCUGGGGUGGAAAUGCCUUAAAAGACAUUGACUUUGUAGCCAUCAAGGUUUCUGUUUUAUAAAUCGGUCUCCGUAGCCUAGGUAGAUGCUAGUGGUUUCCGAGUGUUCCUAUUGACAAAACUUACGUGCCGAUGAAUUGUUCAUCCCCACUAAUCAAGGCAUUCAUGAAUACGCAGGAACAACCCAGGUUCCACGGUUUGUACUGAAACUGUGAUAGUGUGGUAUCCUUGUCGGACGCUGUGUCGCUCUGCUGUCCUCUGUCAUGAUUGCUCCAAGUCAGAUCAGACUGUGAGUGAACCGAACUGCUCGAAGCAAAGAAGCAACGGGGCCCAGCAUCCACCGAGAACAAAGUUUCACCACCAACUGCAAGUGUGGCUCCUAUUCAACGGCAUCCACAUCAACACUUACCUGUACAUGUAGGUCUACAUUGAAAGCCACAAACCAAAGCUCUCAUAAUUUUGGCACAUCAACAACCACAACCACAACACAACCGAAUCGAAUCUUCAAUCUAUCCAUACCGUACAGUACUGCACCGUAGUAACAACAGUCAAUCUAUCGUGCGAACCAUCACACACAAACUCCGUCAUUUGUAAGCAAUCCAUGAUUUUCACCAUUCACUCCGCUAUGGACCCCACCUACCAGUCUUCUGACGGCGAGAGCGGUUCUGCCAAGAAGGCCUCUAACAGCGCCGCCUACGAGAUGAUUCCCUUGGACGACGACUUUGAACCGACUUCUAUCGACGUCAUCUGCGCUCGUGGCAAGGAGGCGUACAACCAUCCUGGAAACAUUCGCUUUCGAGCUCUAGUAGCGGAUCAACUGCACAACUACAAGACAUCGACCUCCAAGAUGGCCAAGUCGCAGAUUGUCAGGGACAUCAUUGAGUCCGUGCGAAGAGCCAGUCCCAGAGGAGGCUUUGUCAAGAAGGUCAAUGGCAAGUGGUUCGAUGUGGGAGAACGAGCCAGAAGAGAAAAGACGGGACAGCAGAUUCGUGACCUGCUCCACGAGUCCUACAAGUCAAGCACCAAGUCCAAGGCGUUGACACGCAAGCAACUGCGCAAGUCUCUGUCGACCAACACUACUGUUGUCAAGGACUUUCACACUGGGGCAUUCAAGGGGGCCUUCCAGACCACACCUGCCCGAUCCUCGGCAUUCGCUAACAGACGGAGUGGUCUGCCACCCAAGAUGGUCAGUCUCGAUUCACAGUCCAGCGAAGCCGUGGCACUACAGAACGAGUUUAGACAUAGACGGUCUACUAGUAACAAUAAUGCCGACCGCGACUACUGUUCCAUCCCCAUGCCGCAACUCAGACGGUUGAGUGAACCCAACAACAACCACAACAACAACCACAACCUGAACCUGGUCGGCAAUGCGGAAGAGCUAAAUGAAGGCAUCAUUGGUGGUGGUAUGGGUAUGGGCGCAGCAACAAGCGGCUUGAGUAUGAGCAUGAGCAUGAGUUCGGGCUUAUCCAUGGGAAUGGGAGCCAUGGAGCCUCCAUCGGGAAUUGCCAUGCCUUCGUCGGGAAUGGGCAUGAACAGUGUCAGUUCCAUGGGCAGUUCUGGAAACAUCAUGGGUGGCAGCAACACCAUGGGAAUGGGCUCCAUGGGAGCAAUGAACUCCAUGGGCAUGGCCUCCAACUCCAGUAUGAACUUGAACAACUCUAGCAUGAACAGCAUGAUUGGCAACAUGAGCCAGUCGUCAUCAUCCAUGUCCUCUUGGGAGAUGAAUCGUCACCAACAGACACUCUUGCAGCAGCAAGAACAGCUGAUGCAACUACAACGGGAGCAGCAGCGCCUUCAGGAGCAACAACGGCAACUGACCGAAAUGAUGCAACGGCGAUCUGUGCCCAUCCCACCUUCCGUUAUUCCUCAGGACUCUGGAGCUUUCUCUUCUCAGUCUUCGUUCAUGAACACCAACUAUGGAUCCAACAGCAUGUCAUUGUCAUCACCGGCACACUUUGAUAUGAACCAUAGUAGUAGUGAUGACAUGCCACCUCUUCGGGGCGCAUCACAAGGCAACAUGAGCAGGAGGAGUCGCGCUGCCAUGUCCUCGCAUUCCUUUCCUCCACGAAACUCCAGGCCCCAAGUCUCCGGAAUGGCCGACGCGUACCAAAGAGGCAACCGCAUGGACCGACUCACUACAGCCGCCACCGCUGUGGAGGGCUUUGAUCCCCUGCCGGUGGAUGUGGACAAUGGCAUCUUCGUGCAGCAAAACCCUGCUGCCAACCAGGACAACUCGAACUCGGAAGUCUCCUUUGAAGAAGCCAUUGACAACAUUUGCCAUGUGGAUGAACAAUCAAGGAGGAAAAAGUCGUACCGAUUCUCUUCUUCCAAGCGUGAAGCUUGAAGUGCGAGCUUUUAAAGCCGCGAUACUCUACUACCAGGAAACACCUUUUUCCGAUCCAAAAAGAGUCAUAUAAUAACAGAUACAAUACCUUUAUAAGAAUCAAAAUCAUAACAUCAUAGCCCAAUCAUAGGUGAAUCAGGAUCACUCUGACAGACCCUUGUUACGAACUGUGUGGAAUUGUGGCUUCGCUGGUUUCUUUCCUUGGCCAGCAGCGUUGAUUCUCGAUGGUACCGGUACCAGGUACCAUACCAGGACCAGGACCAGUAUUUCUUAGUAAAAGAAGCAGAGCAAUGAGGCUCACAUUUGUUCGGCUGUCUUGGCACAGACUGGUUGCCUCUGUAGAUAGUCUUAGGGUUGAGGAGCAGCAGCAGUCACGCUGCUCAUCCUCGCACUUGCUCUGAUCGACAGCUAGACUAGAGGACUAGUUGGAAGGAUAACCAUGCCUGGUCCCUGGUGGUCAGUGGUGGAUCUGUGCAGUGUCUGCCUGUUUGGGAUCCAGCAUUUAGGUGUGGCUAAUUUACCCACUUCUGUUCCAAAUCCAAAUCCCGCUAUCAAUGCACCAGCACGUACAUCCAUGGAUUCUACACACUCUCUGUGCUUAGCCAUAAAUAGAAACUAGGGAGCCAACCACUGCCCUGCAUGUCCAUGCCAUCUACAGCGCGGAAGCUGAGGCGGUUUCCUUCGUCAGAAACACCAAGUACAUGUAGCUACGGGCCAUUGUUGGAGCUAUCGUGGGUAUGAGUGAGUGCCUUCUCAUGCGGUACUAGUACCUGUCGCCAUCCUUCCAUUCUAAGCACUGGGCAACGGCCUAGCUAGGAAGUAGGCGGCUUCAAGUGAUUUUCUUCUUUUCCGCAAGUCUCAGUCCUCCUCCACUCCCAGCUCCCAAGUUUAUCUGAAAGCUUUUCAGAGCCCGUUACUGUUUUAGCGGUUCGGCAGGUUGUGACUUAGUUCAGUCACUUUUUGCAAAAUCGUAUGAAAGCUUUUCAUCAUUUAAU